AUGUCUACCACCGUGGAGAAAGUUUCUGACGCCGUCAACGACGUUACUGCCGCUCUUGGCAACACAACCAUCUCCGACAAGCCGGCCGACACCGAAAAGGCUGCGCAGAAUGACGCAGUCCUGGCCAGCGCUGCCGAGGGACGGAGACUCUACAUCGGAAACCUCGCGUACGCGACGACCGAGGGGGAGUUGCAAACUUUCUUCAAGGGAUACCUCAUCGAAUCCACCUCCAUCCCCAAGAACCCACGCACCGACCGCCCUGUCGGCUACGCGUUCGUCGAUCUCUCAACCCCAAGCGAGGCUGAGCGUGCCAUCGCUGAGCUCUCUGGAAAGGAGAUCCUCGAUCGCAAGGUCUCCGUCCAGCUUGCUCGCAAGCCGGAGGCGAGCGCAGAGAAGGGUGAAGGUGCUGCGAGUGGAGGAGAGGGACAAUCUGGAGGUGAGGGUGGUCGCCGCAGACAAUCUGGACGAGGCCGUGGCCGUGGACGUGGCCGCGGAGGUCGUGGCCCUCGCCCAGGACGUCCUGCCAAGGGAGAGGAAGGUGCUGAAGGUACUACCGCCACCGGCGAGGUCCUUCCUUUGACCGACACCACCAACCAACCCGCCGCUACCGAGACCAAGGAAGGCAAGCCCGCUCGCGAGCCCCGUCGUGAGCGUGGCCCACCAGCCGACGGCAUUCCCUCCAAGACCAAGGUCAUGGUUGCCAACCUUCCUUACGAUCUCUCCGAGGAGAAGCUCAAGGAACUCUUCGCUGCCUACGAGCCAUCCUCUGCCAAGAUCGCCCUUCGCCCCAUUCCCCGCUUCAUGGUGAAGAAGCUCCAAGCCCGCAACGAGCCCCGCAAGGGUCGUGGCUUCGGCUUCGUCACCCUCGCCUCUGAGGAGCUGCAACAGAAGGCUGUUGCUGAGAUGAACGGGAAGGAAAUCGAGGGUCGUGAGAUCGCCGUCAAGGUCGCCAUCGACAGCCCAGACAAGACUGAUGAUGCCGAUGCCAAUGCUAAUGCUAAUGCCAAUGCUUCUGCCGAGGCUGCUCCUGAGCCUACCAACGGCACUACCGAGACUACUGCUGCUGCUUAA